AUGCGUCAAGCCUUGCGCCGAUUCUGCUCGGGGAUUCAGUCGCUUUACAAGGACAGCAGCCUACGCGAACCUAAUGAAUCAGACUGCCAAAGGCUAUUGCGCGACGCUCAACGUGUUGGUUGGCCUGGAAUGCUGGGGUCUCUCGAUUGCUCUCAUUACGCGUGGAAAAAUUGUCCGAAGGCGUGGGCUGGGCAAUUUCAAGGUGCCAAAGGCCGACCGACAGUAAUAUUGGAGGCUGUGUCCGACAUGCGAGGACGCAUUUGGCAUGCGUACUUUGGCAUGCCUGGAGCAAACAACGAUAUCAACGUCUUGGACAGUUCAAAUAUGCUUCACGGUUCGAUUGGAGUCUUUGUGAAAACGGUACCCAACGCGAAGUCGCUCCGGGAGAAAGCAUUCCAGAAAGCCCAGGAGUCACGCCCCAUGGACGUUGAACGCAUGUUUGGCAUGCUGCAGGCUCGUUGGCACGUGCUAACACGACCAUGUGAGUUGUGGGAUCGUUCUGCUAUGCAUCACGUCGUAAUUACGUGCUGUGUAUUACACAACAUGGUCAUUGAUGACGAAAUGGACGACGACAGUUGUGAUCUCGAAUUUUUAAACGACCUCCAACCCGACGAUCCUUUUGUGGCGACUGGCGAGAUCGAACAUGCGACAUUGCAGAGUCGCAUUCGCGCGUUUGUCAAGCUUACGGACGGUGUAGCUCAUACGAAGCUCCUCCACGAUUUAGUUGAACACCGCUGGAAUUUGUUCGGUGAUAUUUCGUACAAAUAA